UCAGGAAGUUACGGAAACUGUAAAGGGACAAUUUAUCCUGCUGCUGAAUGGAAACGCUUAGCUAACUGUGUGUUCAUAAACAUGGCAGCACAUCUGAAAAAGCGAGUUUACGAGGAAUUUUCCAAAGUUGUACAGAUUCCACAUGAAGAAACUCCAGCCAAAAAGCUGCGUCUGUCCAAACCCAGUAAAUCUGCCGCUCUCCACAUUGACCUCUGUAAAGCCACCAACUCCACCGAUGCCCUGCAGUACCUGCUGCAGUUUGCACGCAAGCCUGUGGAGGCAGAGAGCGUGGAGGGUGUGGUCAGGAUCCUGCUGGAGCACUACUACAAGGAGACGGAUAACUCUGUGCGGCUGAAGAUUGCCUCUCUGCUCGGCCUGCUCUCUAAAACGCAGGGCUUCAGCCCCGACUGCAUCGUUGACGAUGCCAUUAACACGCUCAGCAAUGAGAAGUCCCAUCAAGUUCUCGCCCAGCUGCUGGACACCCUGCUGGUCAUUGGUACACAGCUGCCCGAGAGUCCUGCACUGAGACUGAGGCUCGUAGAGGUGGCCUACAAGCAUCUCUCUGAUACGUAUUUUGGGGUGAGGAAUAAGUGCCUGCAGCUCCUGGGAUGUCUCGGCAUGGUGGACGCUCCCCUAGGAAAAGAAAACGAGGGCGCGGGCACAUCCUUAGGAGGAUUGAGGGAUGUCCAGAGCAUUAUCAGCGACUACUUUGGAGACCAAGACCCCAGAGUCCGCACUGCAGCCCUCAAAGCCAUGCUGCAGCUGCAUGAGAGAGGGAUGAAGAUUCAUCAGAUUAUUUAUGAUCAGGCCUGCAGGCUGCUCACAGAUGACUACGAGCAGGUCCGUUCUGCAGCAGUGCAGAUGGUUUGGGUGCUCAGUCAGCUGUACCCAGAGAGCAUUGUACCCAUCCCAUCAUCCAAUGAGGAGAUCCGGCUGGUUGAUGACGCAUUCGGUAAGAUCAGUCACAUGGUCAGCGAUGGUUCCUGGAUGGUUCGGGUGCAGGCCGCGAAAACAUUGGGUUCGAUGCUGCAGGUCAGUCCUCACUUCCUGGAGCAAACUUUGGAUAAGAAGCUGAUGUCAGACCUCAGGAGGAAGCGCACAGCCCAUGAACGAGCCAAGGAGCUCUUUGCUUCCGGAGAGUUCUCCUCUGGCAGGAAGUGGGCCGAUGACGCCCCGAAGGAGAAACUGGACACGAACACAGUCAACCUCAUCGCCUCGGGGGCUUGCGGAGCCUUCGUCCACGGCCUGGAGGAUGAGAUGUUUGAGGUUCGUAUUGCAGCGGUGGAGGCGUUGUGCCAACUCGCUCGGUCAUCUCCGAGCUUCGCCGAGAAAUGUCUCGACUUCCUGGUCGACAUGUUCAACGAUGAGAUCGAGGAAGUGAGGCUGCAGUCCAUCCACGUGCUGAGAGAAAUCUCCACCCACAUCACGCUCAGAGAGGACCAGCUGGACACGGUGCUGGCCGUGUUGGAGGACUCGUCUCGAGACAUCAGAGAAGCUCUCCAUGAAUUACUGUGUUACACCAACGUCUCCACUAAAGAGUGCAUCCAGCUGGCUCUGCUGGAGCUGCUCAAGAACCUGAACAAGUAUCCCACCGACCGCAACUCUGUCUGGAAGUGUUUGAAGUUCCUGGGAUCCCGCCAUCCUACGCUGGUGUUACCGCUCGUUCCUGAACUGCUCAGCACACAUCCAUAUUUCGACACGCCAGAGCCAGACAUGGACGAUCCGGCCUAUAUCGCCGUCCUGGUGUUGGUGUUCAAUGCUGCCAAGUCGUGCCCCACCAUGCCGGCGCUGUUCUCCGACCACACCUUCAGACACUACGCCUACCUGAGGGACAGCCUCUCCCACCUCGUGCCGCCGCUAAGAUUGCCCGGCAGGAAGCAGGUGUACGGUCUCGACUCUGUGGACUCGGGUCCGGGUUCUGGUUCUGUGGAAUCUGCUCAGCUCUUCCUUCAACAAAGUCUCAAUAGAGUCAGCACCAUCCAGAACCUGGAGGCACCUGGAGCCCAGGACCUGCUGGACUUGACCAUAAGAGACCUGCUGCGGCUCGGGGAGCUGCAGACGGAGCUUGCUGGAGCUGCUGAUUUCUGUGCUACAUACCUGCGCUGCCAGCUGCUGCUAAUGAAGGCUCUGCAGGAGAAGUUGUGGAACAUGGCCGUCCCUCUGUGCCUCAAACAAAACGUCACGGCCACAGCAGCGGCUCAGCAGAUCUUGGAGGAAACCUACAAGCUGGAGUUUCUGUACAGCGGCUUGGAGAGCAGACAGGUGGCCACCAUACAUCAUGUUCGACUCCAGGCCAAAGCUCUGCAGCUCGUCCUGACUGCUCGCACCAGACAGGGGUUGGAUCUCCUCAUCAGCAGCUGCGAGAAGUUUUUGCAGGAUGUCGAGUCUUUUCAGAGGCUGUUUCUGACCGAGCUGCCGCACCUCCAGGACAGUUUUGUGGAUAAGCUCUUGGAGCUGAUGCCGCGCCUGUCGUCCUGUAAGCCAGUGGAGCUGGUGAAAAUCCUGCAAACGACCCUGAGACAGAGCGGCCUGCUGCAGCUCAGACUGCCCGAACAGAUCCAUCGGGCGACGGCGACCAUCAUUGAACCAACGGGGGAGUCUGACAACCCACUGAGGUUCACGUCUGGCCUGGUGGUGGCGUUAGACAUUGAUGCAACGCUGGAGCACGUCCAGGACCCCCAGAACACGGUGAAAGUUCAGGUUCUGUAUCCAGACGGCCAGAGUCACGUGAUCCAUCCUAAACCUGGAGACUUCAGAAAGCCCGGCCCCCACAGACACAGACUCAUCACGCAGGUUUACCUCUCACACACAGCGUGGACAGAGCCGUCUCAGAUCGAGGUGCGUCUCCUGCUGGCCUACAGCUCCUCCUCAACCUCCCUGACCUCCCCUUCCAAGCUGGGGUGGAGCGAGAACUUGGAGAGCCUCCCACCAGCAGAGGCCGCCGUCGAGGGAACGAUUCCAUUCAGCAAAGCCGUUAAAGUCUUCAUCAUGCCCAAGCCCGCACGACGCUAACAAAGCGCCUCAGCUUUAACGUGCAGGACUUUUCUUCUUCUGUUCAUCUCUAAUUAUAACUGUACAGGAAACCACUCUCAUUAACGGUCAAGCUGUAGGAAGCACAAGACGGGGUUUUAUGGAAAAAGCUUUUUGUAUUCAAUUAUAAAGAAGAAGUCAGGUGGUCAAGUUUCAUUCUCCACUUUUAUUUUGUCACAUGAUGAAUCAAACUGAACUCCUCCCUGUUUAGACAGCAGGUAACAUCCAUACAUUUCAGCUUUUAUAACAUGUGACUGCAUCUAAAGUCAACUCUAGAAGAGCUUUCUAAGAUGCUCUACAUUCUUUUCUGCCACCACCUUUAAAAUAACUUUUCUCAGAGAGAAGGUGACUCGAUUUGUGAAUUCUCUUGUUUAAGAUGUUUAUUUACUUAAAGAUUUGACUCUGUGUUAACCACAGUUUGGAUGUUCUCUCUGUGCGGGUCUCUCCACCUGAUUUUAAAAUGGCCACAGGUGUGAAUGGACCUAGUUUCUGUGCUGUGAUUGGCUCCUGCUGAGCCUGUGGACAGAGACUAAGCCAUGAAACAGCUGCAGGCAAAGAUCAACAAUCGUUCCACACGUUUACCUACAGAAACUCUGUUUCAACUGUUAUCGGUGGCUCUUGUUGUUUGAAGGCUUCUUUUGUGCUGAAUUCAUCAGCAGAUGAGUUUGGGCUUUUAAGGCAGGCAGGAAGCACACGGCUGUAAAGGAAAGAGUGCUCUCUAAUGUGCAAAGCAUGGAAAACUAAUGAGCCCUGUAGCACAACAGAAAGCAGGAGAGUCUAUCAGUCUAUGCCCAUUAUUGUGUUUUCAUAAUCAGGAAGUCACAAAUGCAAGUGAGACUAAAAUUUAGUCGGCAGCUUGUUUGCAUCUUCACAGUGAACUCAAAGCUUCAGCACCACAGUGGGAUAUUCUCUCUACAGUGAAAAAGCUUGUAGAGUCCUCCUCAGGUGGCCAUGUCAGCAAGGUAAGGGUGACAUCAGCAGGUGGAGUGGAAAACCCCGCCCACCUUUGCACCCUGGCCGGCCAGUUUGUUGUAUUCAGCGACAGCCUUCUCCGUCUGGAAGACUUUUACAUCAACGCCUUUCUGCUUCACAAAGUCCAGGGUGGAGGAAGGAACCUGUUAGAGGAGACGAUGGUGUGAAUACAGUCUGACAAGCACAGCUCCGCUCCAACCACAUCCACACACAGGAAAUCGCCUUUCAGCCUCCAAAGAACGACCGUAUUAGCCAGAUUAUUUGAAUGGAUGAACCACCAAGUCUGCAGUCUCAUUCUUUUGUGAUACUUUAUCUAAUAGGAGCAGCUUGUGCAACAUGACUCGGUCAUACAGCAGCUGAGCGUGGGAUCUGUUUUAUUACAUCAAAGUAACAGAAAGCAAAAACUCUUUAAAACAAACAGAACAAAGGUGCUAAGACUCCAACCAAACUAUAGUUUAUAUUUUGGCUUUAUUAUGUUUAAAGGAAUAAAUUGGUCUGUUUUACCUGCAGAGCCUCGCUCAUGCCUCUGCCAAUUACCAGCAGGUCGAUUCCCUUCUUCAGCACCUCAUCUAGGUCAGCAGGUUGCACUCCAGGGUAAUGCUGAGGAGCAUAAAGCUCAACAUCACAAAUUUGCCUCAGAGCUAAUUUACAGCAGUCCGUCCUCAUUUGGAUUCUGGUUUCACUUACGUCAGUCCCAGUCUCUCUCCAGUCCCAGGCUCGGCUCCCUCCAGGCCAGACCUUACAGUCCUUGUAGGUGGAGGAGCAUCCCUUCACCUUCAUGUGGCCCCAGGAGAGCGAGGCGAUCUCUGGAGAGGACAUGUUUCUUUGAGGCUACCUGCUGUAAGACAAAAUAAGCAGUUAGCACAGCUUCUGAAACAGUGUGACAAGAUUUCUACAAGCCAUCGAAAUACUCUGAAAGGUCUCAUUAAUGCAAGUUUGCCACAACCAGCAGGAGUGAUUUAUGUGCCCUUGUAAAAUGUUCCCCUGCAGGUCAAUAACAAAACUACAACUGACUACUACAAGAACAAGAGGGCCUACGUGAAACGUGCUGCUGAUAAUUCAGUUACUACUUCAGGUCCAAAGUUCUUUUACUUGCAUUCAAUCAAGUUUGACUCAUUAGGAGGUUUAUACUGAACCGGUGUAUAACAACACAUAACAGCAAUAACUUGUGUAAAUACAAGAAUUCGAUCAAUCAGAUCAAAUUAUUACAUGUAAGCUGCCCUGUACAAACUGUGUACUUAGCACAGGCAAAUUAGAUGCUUACUUUAGCACACAUAGAUUGCACAGGGUUUAACUAACACACACACACUCAGUAUCGUCAGCAACUAAAAUCCUUGUCCUGCCAUUUCUGUAAGUCGUGAGCUGACUGGGUCUAUUUUUAUACUUCUCACUUUUAACUCCAAACCAAUAUAAACCUGCUGUCAAACUCACUUACUGCAUCUAUUCAAACCGUACCAGACAAAAUAUUUACACAAACUAGCUGAAAUCCUUUUAAAACAGUUUGUUAGGCUGUAACAGGAAAACAUGAAGCUAAAGUCUGUGCUGCUGCUUACCCGUCUCGAUGUCAACUCACUGAACACACCCCUCAAGUCGUUCUUCCUCCCGUAAUUAAAGGGACACGGACUAACCUGCGAGCUGUAACAGUCAGUCUAUGAUUGGUUGUUAAUUAUCAAGGUGCUGGAGCUGAAACAUCAGCCUUAGUAAUAAAGUUUUCUGCACAGCUCACACAACCCUGAGUUUACCUGUGGACCUUAGGCUUGUGUGUUUCGUAGGUUUCAGUUCAGUUUCAGUCUCUUUAAUAAAGUGGAAUAUUACCUGAAACAUUUUAAAUACACAGACAGUCAACAAUAUGUCACCUUAUGUGGAACUGUCCUCCUGUGUGACCUGUCUGCACCCUUUUGAAAACUAGUUUCUUAAUUCACAAAGUUACAGAAGUAUUGUGAACGUUAACAUGAAAAAUGUAAAAAAAAAAAAAAAAGAAAAGAAAAGCAGCAACUGUGACUUUAAUCUUAUAUACCCAAAACAUUGUGAUACCAGAAACUAUUAUUCAUUAAUUAAACUAGUGGACUAAGCAUGGACUCUUUAAGGGGACUGAAAUAAAAACUACAAAUACUACACUGAUAUACUGUGCUGUGCAUGAAAACACCCUACCAUACGCAAAAUCCAGUGAACUCACAUUUAGGGGAUGUUUACGGUACGGUGCAGCAUACUAACAGAUCCACUCGAACACUGCUAAUGAACGUAGCUAGUUAAGCUUGCAUUGUUUUUCCACAUGUUUAGGGGGGUGCACCAUUCCUGGAGAUACUGCAAUACCAGGUCGAUGCGCGGAGUGGACGGAGCAAGCCCCUAUUCCAUCUCCCUGUUCCAAAAAUCAAUUUAAUAUAUGGUCCCCGGGUAGGGGACGUAUCAGAUAUUAAACUGAUAAGAACAGAUACUACACUU